CGCGAUGUGCACAUGUAGCUAACUACAUAACUACCUGCUCAGAUGCCCACUUACUUAAAUACCUCUCGUAUCCGCUUUUCGUUUCCGUCCGGAGUUCGUCCGUUGACUAUCUCGAAAUUAUGGCCGACCACGCGCAGCAGUUCCACAGCGGAAACAUCCCACCACGCCACGACGCCCCUGGAUUGGACCGAGAAAAUAUCAUCACUGCGCAGCUAGGAGGACCCGGAGCACCCGGAGCACCCGCAGAUCCCGCAGCAGCCGGAGCAACCGGAGCACCCGGAGCACCCGGAGCACCCGCAGAUCCCGCAGCAGCCGGAGCAACCGGAGCACCCACAGGAUCCGCAGGAUCCGACGCACCCACGAUACUCACGUACCCAUAUCGCCGCAUGCGGAUCGUGGGAGGCCGGCCGAUGCAACUGGCACUCCCACGGGCAGUUUCGCGAAACGAACCCGGAGAGGCAGUUUCGCGAAACGAACCCGGAGACUGCGUGCGGCAUGUGUACCUGCUCAACCAACAGCCCGCCGGCUACGACAGCGACUGGUAUGUAUCGUCGUCGGAGGGGGAGCCGAGUGUCGCAACGCCGCAUGUAACCGCAGUCAAGUUGUCGGUCGCUGCGCAGGUGGCGUCGGAGAUAUACCCACCGAGUGAUGGGUCGGGAGAUUCUUUGUUGCGUGUGCAUGUUCUUGAGUUCGUGCAUGAUCCGAUAGACCCAGCCGUUAUAGAACCACCCGCGGCAGAAGAGGACGCGAGCCAUCCGGCGUACGUCAACCUGUAUAAUAACAUCAACUUGCUCCCUGCGGAGAUGGUGCCCCAACAGCAGUUGAGUGGUACAGAUCAAACCGGGGCAACCAACGUUCCCAACCCUGCCCCUUGGGAGGUAGACGAUCGGUUCACGCCCAUUGUCUCCCUCUUUGCCAUGCGAGAGCCGAUGCGAUUUCGCCUGAUGAUCGCGAUUCCACAUCUCACCAUCGGCACGCCCGACGAAAGCUCAAAUAACCAUACACUCGAGGAGUACCGAAGAUGCAUUGGGGGACUCGCACCCACAACACCAGUCAAUCCAGACACGAAUCGAGAUUCUCAGGGAGGUCAAAUAUUUGUGCACCGGUCAACGUUCAUGGUGAUCAACAGUGACAUGAUCAUCAUGGCGCGGACGGCCAACGACAAACAGUCCAGUCCGUUCCCAUUCUUUCCACACCAAUAUCGAGUGAGCGCGCUGCACCUGCUCGUGCACAUGAUCGCGACGGCGCUGCAAUUCUCGGCCCGAGCUGUCUCCGACAAACUGCGGCGGAUAUCCAUGAACCUGGAACAUCGGACGCACCGGCACGUCUCCGCCGACUCCACCAAGAUGCACUCCGAUCAGUUAAAAAGAUAUAAAAAGGAGGGCGUCAAGAUCGGCCAGGAGCUUGCCAGCCACAUCGCCGACGUGGGCACAAUACUGCAUCUGAUCACCACACAGCUGCAGGUGCUUGCGGACCUGGCGGAGAUCAUCGAGAACAGCGCACCGCACGUGAAAUACAAGGGGUACAACCAGAAUAUCGUGCAGCUGCCGCUGCUGUUCCAGAACCGCGAGCAUAACGUGAUCAUUCUCGAUGCCCUGCAGAGCAUGAUGAACGAGCGGAGGAGGUUCGAAGAGCAGAUUAAACCGCUGCUGAAGGAGGCGAGGAAGACGCAGCAGAAUCUUGGAGGAACACACGUGCGGCUAACCACGGAGAAACACGCCGCACACGCCAAGAUGAGCGCCGAGACGAUGUCCAUGUUUACCAUCGUGACGACGAUAUUCCUUCCGUUGACAUUCUUCACAUCGUACUUUGCCCUGCACCCCGGCGAGCAGACCGUCAAGACGCACGCCGAGUUCUGGCAGUACGCGACGGUACCGACGUUUGCGUUCGCGGCACUCACGUUCUACAUCGUCAUGCUCAAGAAAUACACCAGCGGCGAGUACACCGAAGACCGCACGCUGGUCAAGUAUCUGAAACGCCCGUUCCGGAGGAGGAUAGAUAGGGGUCCGAGUGAUGUUGAGGCGGGAGCAGCAGCCAGCGCAUCACUGACAACUUUAUCAACGAAUACCAAUCAGGUAAACCCAUGACGGUAGUGUAAGUGGCCAGGCGACGAUCAAGCCUUCGGGUUAGUUAGUGGUGGUUUAUGGAUGGUCGUUAAUGGAGGGGGGAGAUGGGGGAGAGGG